AUGCCACCUACCAAUAAAUCAGUGCGGAUCAAUGCCAUUGUUACCCGCUGUCUGCUUCCCAGUUUUAGCCAGCCACACAUCUUUGCUGGGGUCAUGGCAUGGCAUGCAGUUCCCCCGGAGAUGGGAAGGUGGAGGAGACCUUUCUCUCUCGGUGUUGAAAUAAAGAAAAAGGCCAGGGAGCAUGAAAUGAAUUACGACACAAAGAAACAUACCGUCUCCAACUUUUCCAAGCGGCCAGUGCUGCUUAUUCGUCCCGUCCCGUUCCCAAAAUGCGCUUCCGGGACAUCCAGGCGGAUGGUCAACCCUCAGCCAGCUUGUCCCGGAAAGCUGGAGGAGUGGACAGGGGCAGUUUGGGGAUAUCAUACGCGAACCAAUGAGAAAGGACUCGAAGCCUCAGUAGAAACUGGACUUGCUGUGGGCUGGCGAAAUUCCCAAUAUUGGGUUGAGUUCGAGAGCCUGUCGAGAACAUGUUCGUCGCCAAUCCUUGAGGGUUUUUGGCAUUGUUGUAGGCGACCCACUGAUUUCGAUCUGAACCCAAAGAGCUCGGGCUGGGCUCCUAUCGUUCGGCAGAGUAGGCGCAAGCGUCUUGAGGAUCCGCAACCCAAUCUUAGCGGCGACUUGGUGGGUGAGAACGAUGUAUCGCGGGCCCUGCGCCACUGCCUAAAGCGUUAUUCCAAAUUCCAAAUAUCCAAACAACCCCCUACUGUCUUCCAAACAAACUGGAACUAUUGCUAUCUGACUAGGAAAGAGAGCCGGGGAGGGGUCGCUCCCCUGUCUUUACAAAUAAUUUCUAAAACUGCAGUAUGCGCGCAGGAUAUUUAUGACUCCGGGCAUCCCUUUUAA